AGGUAAAUGUUCUCCAUUUUUCUCGCACAGAGAGAAAUUCAAUCAUUUUUUACUUCAUUAAAAAGAAAAUGCAGAUCCAGGUGAAGUGUAGCUGUGGAGCAGAGAAAUGCCCAGAAUGGGCAAUAAUCGAAUUGCAAGGCGUGGUUGAAUUGCUGCCUUCUUUCCAAGAUUCUCUCCAAAAUCUCCAGAUCGGACAGCUUUGUCGCCCAUCUUCCCAGGAGAAUUACACAUUUACAAUUGGGUAUCAUGAACUAAUAGGGUCGAAAGUUGCGCUGAAGAAACCCAUAGUGGUGCUGAAGAAAAUCAAGUGCGUGGACGUUGAUCGGAGUGACGGCGGCGGCCAUGACGGUGCUUCUUCAUCGAGUACGGAGCUCGACGUUGUCGGGGUUAUUCGCCACAAGAUUUUGUUCAAGACUAGGCCUAAGGCCCUCAUUUCUGUUAAAGAAAAGGCUAUUGGUGCGGAUGCUGUGACACGAAAGCAAUCAGUAUGAAAUCCAUUAACAGUAGUUUUUGAACAAUUAAAGCAGUUUAGACUGAGAAUUCCAAAUGUUGUGAUAUUGGAAUGUAUUCAAGUA